CUGCACUACGGGACCCUCCUGGGCAGCAGAGCUUGUGCCCACAUGGCAGCAGCUGCCUGGGCCAGUGCCUUUCUCCAUGCUCUGCUGCACACAGCCAAUACAUUUUCCCUGCCCCUGUGCCAUGGCAAUGCCCUGGGCCAGUUCUUCUGUGAAAUCCCACAGAUCCUGAAGCUUUCCUGCUACAAAUCCUAUCUCAGGAAAUUUGGGCUCAUUGCAGUUAGUGUCUGUUUAAGUUUUGGCUGUUUUGUGUUCAUUGUUUUCUCCUAUGUGCAGAUCUUCAGGGCUGUGCUGAGGAUCCCCUCUGAGCAGGGACGGCACAAAGCCUUUUCCACCUGCCUCCCUCACCUGGCUGUGGUUACCCUGUUCAUCAGCACUGGGUUUUUUGCCUACCUGAAGCCCCCCUCCAUCUCCUCCCCAUCCCUGGAUCUGGCCCUGUCAGUUCUGUACUCAGUGGUGCCUCCAGCUCAUGUCUUUGCUGUGAUCAAGGACCUCAAAGAGGAGAUAAGGGAGUUGAAGGAGGAGGGAUGA